CUGCAUGUCUUAGACACUGUCCUUCCGGAUGCAGUACAAGAGAGAGCUAAUUGCUACGCCUUAUGGAGGAAGGCAACCGACUAUGACACCUAUAUUGCUAUGGUAUCGUGUGUAAAACAAGCUAUUGGAGCGACGAGACUAUGGCCAGGAAAAAUUCGAUUGUACAGAAGAGCACAUGGAUGGGCUCGCGACUACUUCCUUUCUUUCGACAAGUGGUACGAAGGUGACUUCAUGUUCCACUUGAUGAAAUCGAACAAUAUCUACGAGGAUGCGGGGGUCUUCACUAAACUGCCGGAUCUUGAAGCUUGCGGCGUAGGACUUAAUGGAUGGCAUUGGGAUACGACUAAGCGAACUGAUGUUGAUUACAUAAGAGAAUCAGUGGCGUAUGUCGAGCGUUUUGAAAGGAGCGUUUUUCCCAAGCAAGGCAAGGAGGUGUCCUUUCUGACAAUGCCCGACGUGGCUGAAUGUUUUCCCGAUUGUGGAAAGGACACGUAG